ACUGCUACACCGGCUGGGCUGCCAAGUUUUCCCCUCCAAUAGUACUCCUGCUGCUUUCUCUUUUUAGCAGAUCGUGAAAGUUUAAGCCUACUGAAGAUGCACUGACUUCUCAUGUCUACCUCCCUGUCUGCUGCCUGAGGCAGCCUGGGCACAUACCACUGCCUCCUGCUUGCUGAUCAUCUGCUCCACGCACAUCCCUCCUGGACCUCUUGGAUACAGUCUGGUGGAUGCAAGGUUUGGGGAACAAUAACCACCAAGGGUUGGUGCCUGUGAGACAUCCUGGGGCUUUAGAAUCUGUCUGGAAUAAAAGUCUGUCUGCAUUGUGUAUAGGAUCUCCACACCGCUGAAAAAGAACUGUUGGUUUGAACUCCUAUGGAAAGUAAACGAUUUCAUUAAUAUCUACUUAAUCUUGCAUGCUAAUGGUUUAUGUAAGAUUUGUUUCUUUAGAGCUUAUGGAUUCCUAAUUCACACUGUGGACACACCACGAGGAUGUGUUAUGAAUACAGAACAAGCAUCUAUGUCUGGGAUUGUUAAAAGUGAGUUUUGGAUUUUGGUUUCGUUGUUUAUGAUUCUAUUAUGCAGUAAUAAUUUAUUGGAUAACACUGAUUUUGAGAACUCAUUAACUGCUAUAUUGGAUAUAAAAAAAUAAUAUUGGGAUGGGCCUGAUAUUAUCUACCAUGGCUUCACACAGAUCAGGGUCAAUGAUUUAAGGAUUUUAACAAACAGUACCCAGCAGUUUAGCGUUACUGGGUACCAAUUGGAUUUCCUAUAGAAGCUGAAUACAUUGUGAAGUUAUUGUACCCAUAAUUGUUUUGUAAACAGCUGUCAUGCCUUUUCCACUAAGGACAGUACAGCCCACCUAUGUGUGCAGGUUUGAUGCUUCUGAUGGGCAGGAGUCCUGCAAAGGCCCUGCUCUGAUCUUUAACUCCCUUCAAGAGGUUAGCUCCCAUUCCUUAUUGGCCAUCAUCCGCCAACUUUCAGACCUCUCCAAGCAUGCUGAGGACAUCUUUGGUGGCAUCCAAGGGGAGGCAGUCGCACUUGGUCAGCGCAGUGCCCAUCUGCAGCACCGCCUUUCAUCUCUGCAACCCAAAAUAGCACACCUGGACCACAAGAAAGUACCAGUUCCGGUUUCCACUCUAGAUGAAGAGAGUAAAUAUACAGUUCACUAUAGAGCUGCAUGGCACCAGCAGGAUAAUGUUUUCCUCCCAUCAUCCAGACCUCCAUGUGUAGAGGACCUUCACCAGGAAGCCAAGUUGAACCUGAAAUCUGUGCUCCGAGAAUGUGACAAGCUUCGGAGGGAUGGCUGUCGAAGUUCUCAAUACUACUCGCAGGGACCAACGUUCUCAUCGUCUUCCAGCAUGGUUUGCACAAGCUAUCAAGAGGACAGCCAGGAACAUGACCGAAAGUUUUCAGAUUCUUCAAAUGAAGAAGAAAGACUCAUCUCCAACAGAAGGCCCAACACCCCUGUAUCAAAAGAGUUCUCAGACACUCAAACAAACUGGACCAAGGCACUACCACUGCCUACUCCGGAGGAGAAGAUGCGGCAAGAGGCCCAGUCAAUUCAAACUGAUGUGAUCCCCAUAAAUGUAACUGGGGAGAAUUUCGACCGCCAGGCCAGCUUCCGGCGGUCUCUUAUUCACACUGACACUGUGGUAAGACGUCCGAAGAAAGUCAAAAGGCGAAAGACUAUAACUGGCGUACCAGACAACAUACAAAAGGAGCUAGCAGGUACUGGUACAGGACAACUUGGUUUCAGAGGACAUUCUAUGUACAUACCAGAUAACUAUAGCACACUGGAGAAACAAGAAAUAUGUCGCCGUUCAGCACAGCAGUCAGAUACCAGGGACUUUAGCUGCCAGACUGAAGAGAUAAGGGUAGUGCCCCCAUCCGUCAGGAGAAUAAGAGCACAAAAAGGACAAGGAAUUGCAGCCCUGAUGUCUAAUUCUUCAGGAAAUAUGUCCACUCUGAGCGACCCUUCAGGAUGCACCUCACGGUUAAAUGGUGAUCUGCACUUCCGUAGCUUGCCAAGGUCUGGGGCACAUGUCUGUCUGCUUUCUCUGGAUAAGAAGCAGGACAAUCCAAACCAGAGAGAUGACUCAUACAGUACUUUACCACGACAGUUAAGCAAACUUCAAGUUGAUGAUAGCGUAGUUCAUCUGAGAAAUAACCCUAGGGCUGGAACUCUUCAAAGACCCAAAUCCCAAGAAAUUCGGGGCACAGAAAAUGAAUUCUCAUCAAAUCCAGCACGUGUGGUCUCCCCUCAUGCAGCAUAUUCUACCAGUGUCAUUCCAAAUGCCAUGUUGUCAUCUUCCUCUGAGCUGAUUGCAAUUCACACUUCUCAGAGCACUGGUCACCUGGAUAGUAAAGGUACAUCCCACUGCUCUUUGUCCCUUAAAAAGUCUAGAUGCAGAGACCGCAUUGUAGGAAUUACGGAAGAGCAUAAUUUUUCUAGCGAGCACUGGAGCGAGAGCAGCUCAGCCAGGCACCUACAGAUCUCAGAAACAAACUCACCUAGUGCCAUAACAAUGAUCACUCUAUGUGAUUCUGCAUUGUCACUCAGCAAUACAAGAACAAUGAAUAAUGGGCCACAACCUAUGCCUUACAGAAUGAAUACUGGUGGUUUUGUCAGUAACUCACAGGACAGCGAUACUCACAGUGAAUCAAGCUACUCUGAUGGGCGACAAAGAAAUGGCAGCAUAACCAGCAGCAUUAAUAGUGCAGACCAAUGGUCAUAUGAAGCACGGGAAACUGACAGUGCUCCAUCAAGGAAACCAUCAUCUGCUGUCUCUGGUUCUCCUGUGAGUAAUAUGAGCACCUGCAGCUCAGAUAAGAGAGCAGACUCUAGCUCUUUGUACUCUUUAGACCAUGAUGGGUAUUACACUUCAAUGCACAUGGACUCUGGAAUAAAUUCAGGAAGCCAAAGUCAUGACAAUGGCGUUCAGAACCCACGUCACAGUGUCAUAAAUAUCUUAGAUAAAAAAGAGAAGAGCAUGGAUGACAGGUCUACCGGCAGUGACAAAUCUCUUUCACGUAGUAUAUCUUUGAAAAAGCCCAAAAAGCCACCUCCACCUCCAUCCAGAACCGACUCGCUAAGGAGACCAUCUAAGAAAAAUGCUCAGACUAAUGGGCAAGUACUCAAUGAAACCUUGAUUGCUUCUCUCCAACAAUCUUUGCAGCUAAAUCUGAGAGGAAAAGGUAGCAGCUCUGCUUCACAGAGCCCCUGCAGUGAUUAUGAGGAUCCAUGGAUUCUGCGUUCUCGUAGCCAAAGCACAGUGAGUGCAAGCAGUAGUGGGAUGUCAGCCACUGCUCCUAACAUGUACUCUAUAUGUGCUGUUACCCCAUCACAAAGUGAUACAAGUAGCAUCAAAUCUGAAUAUGCUGAUCAGUGGAGCUACAUUAUUAACUAUUCCCAAACUUCUGAUGAACAGCUUAAACUGCAUGGAAUCCCCUCUCCAACAAAAAACGCACAUAUUAAUAAUUACAAUGCAUCAGAAUUGAACUAUGGUGUGCAAGCCUCUAUGCCGCAAGACCACAGUGGGUUAGCUAAACAAAAUAAUUCAUCUCCAGAAAAGCCUUGCAGGGUCACUUCUCCAUCUAGCGGAUAUUCUAGCCAGUCAAAUACACCCACAACUCUGACACCUGUACCUCUCCAGUUAAAAAGCAUGUCUCCUGGAAAUGGAAAAAGCAAAAAAAAGCCUAAAGUGCCUGAAAGAAGGUCCUCUCUGAUAUCCUCACUCUCCAUUUCUUCCUCCUCCACAUCUCUUUCUUCAAAUACUUCAGACUCCAUGCAGCAGAGCACAAAACAAUCCACUGGAACUUUGCUAUCCUUGCACACUCCUCCAACUCCUCCCCUCACUCCAGAUCCACCCCCACCACCUGCAGCUGAUGUAGUCGAUUCCGGUAAUUUGCCAUCUUCACCAAGCUUUCCGCCUCCCCCGCCAGAGUUUACAAUGUUUACUUUGUCUACUGAAGAAACACCACAGUUUUCACACUCACAAUAUAACUAUGCACUGUUAAAUUAUCCUCCACCCCCUCCCCCUUUACCAGUUGGUCACUCAGUGGUGCCUCCACCUCCACCCCUCAUAAGUAAUAAGAUGGUUAAAACUCGGACUGAACUAGUUCCAAAACAAAAGGACAAGAGAAAUUUAGCAAUAAAUUCUCUUAAUAAUCACCUUAAUAAACAAGAUAAUUUAAGACCAACUGCUCCUCUUGUUACUGCUCAUGCCUUGCAAAUGGUGCAGUUAAAAUCUGUUAAAAAAGCUUUAAAAUCGGAGACUAAAAAAUUAGCUGAGCAGGUGCCAGAUUCCAAACUUUGUGAUGAAACGUCAUCCUCAUUUUCACGGCCAUCUUUAGCACCAUCUGCCACUCCAGAUAUGAGAUACAGUGAAAUCGUCAGAGAAAAUCGAAAUAACUUGCCAGAAGAAAAGCUACAACAAUCAAUUUAUCAAAGCAAUACAGCAAAAUUAACUACUGGUGAUUCCGUCACAGAAAAGACAGUUUUAGGGUACAAAGAAGAUGACUAUCAGACAACAAAUGAUGGAAACACGUCAGUUGUGUCCCAAAUGUCAACAUCACAUAAGACAGCAAGCACUUUACAAAGUUCACCAUAUACAUCUCCUAAUAAGAAGCCUCCCCCUAUUUCAAAGAAGCCCAAAUUGUUCCUUAUCGUUCCACCUCCGCAGCUUGAUUUGGCAGCAGAAAAAAUAGCUGAAAUCAAUGAAAAUGUGAGUGUGAUGCCAAGUUCCUUUGAGAAAAAAACUGCUAGUGAACGUUGUGAGGAGCUACAUGGUUGGGAAACAGCUGAAAACAAUUCAGAAGAGACUGCAGGGUUGACUCACCAAGCAGAAGAAGCUGGUUUGUCAGUUUGUGAAGUUGCAGAGAAUACCCGUUUCAUCGUACCUACAUUUACUGAUACCCAAAAUAAGCAGGAAGAGGAGGAGCAGCCAACUAUGUCAGAUGAGGGCAAAACAUCAGACGGCAACAAGGAAACUGCUAGUUGUGACCCAGAGCCUUCUAGAGAAGAAGAAAGUGAGGUCUUUGAGCCAUUAACUCCAUCAAUAGGUCAGAUAAGAAGUUACCCAGAGGGCAAUGAAGAAGUGAUGACUCCUACCAGACAAAGGACCACUGAGGACCUGUUUGCAGUAAUUCAUAGAUCAAAAAGAAAAGUUCUAGGACGCAAAGAUUCUGAUGAUGACCCCAUGCGGAACCACUCUCCAUCGCCACCAGUGACUCCAACUGGGGGUGUCCCAAAUGUAAGCUCUUUCAAGCAACCUGGAGCUAUCCAAAGAAGUAUUCGGAAGUCUAAUACCAGCAGUGAUAAUUUCAAAGCUUUGUUGUUGAAGAAGGGAAGUCGAUCUGAGUGUAGCUCACGUAUGUCUGCAGCAGAAAUGCUGAAACACACUGACCCGAGGUCUCACAGAUCGAAGUCAGAAUCAUAUAUGGAACUCCCAGACAGCCCAACAUUGUCAAGUAAAAACAAGAGAUCCCAAGAUGAGUGGGCCAAGAAUGAAGGGCUAAUGCCAAGGAGUAUGUCUGUCUCAGGUACCAGGUACAGUCGCUCCAGAACUCCACCUUCUGCAGCCAGCAGCAAGUACAAUGUCCGAAGCCGCAUUCAGAGUAGUCCGAUGACAGUGAUUUGUGAAGGAAGAGAAUCUGCUGAAAUUGCUGAAAGCAGCUUCUUAAAGAUGCCUUCUUUAUUAUCCUCAAGAAGUCUGGAUAGUUAUAACAACACUAACUGUGAUUUAAAUGAUUCAUUGGGAGCUGAGGAAUCUAAUGUCCACAUAGACUUGAUGAGUAAACUUUUAGAAGACAGUAAAAGUGAUGUAACUUGCUCCUUAGAGGAAAAAAGUUAACAGGCAGAAGGCAAGCCAUUGUUAAUUUAUAUAUGGAUCCAAUCCCAUGGAAGCACUGAGAGCCCUCAUUAUAAAACAGGCAAUAACGGGCAUUGCCAGGCACUUGGAAUCUUUAUAUUUAAUGCUUUUUCAUUGCUGUCUCAGAGGUAGCAAUUGGUGGAUCUUGGACUAUGAUGAGCACCUACCAAGAAGUAGACUCUUGGAUUUAAAGCUGAGAACUUUUCACAAGGUGCCAGGUUCGAGGCUGAAUUCUUCAGACUCCAUGAAAAAACUAGCAAGUAGUAUUCAAAAAGCCUAACCAGGGUGUGUGUUAGCGGGUUGGCAAUGCUACAUAGUGUUAGGUUUAUAAAGCUUAGUGAAACCUACUUAACAGGGUAACAAAAGCUUUGAAACACUGAUAAAAUGGACUAUGUUGUAGUUUUCAACUUAAGCUUUAUAUAUUGAGUGCAAUUGCUGAACUAUUUAGAGAGGUUGUAAGACUAACGCUAUCAGAUUGCUAGUCCAUGAUUCUUCUGGUACUGCUGUUUUAGGUUUCUUUCCCUUUAUAUUAAUAUUUCCAGGACAGUUAAAUCACUUCUUGUGCAUUUUCAGCUGCUGUGCAGCGGCACAAGUCCACGAUUAUUUUUUAACUUCAUGAAAGCAAAAAACAAACAAAAAAGAGGCUGAAGUUAUAUUGUACGCUUUUAAAAGUGAAUUGCUUUAUUAGUUUUGGGUAUGGUUCAAUGCAGCAAACAUCAACCAAGGAUUGCAGAGAAUAAUAGUUCAAUACUUGUUAUUGCUCUGCUUAUUGUUACAUUUUUAACUGCAAAAUAAUAUUUUUGUUUUCAAUUUUUUUUCUAUCUUUUUCUUUUUUUUUAAUCUAAUAACUUGCACUACAUUUGUGUAACCUUUAUAUCCAGAUGCUUGGCAUACAUUUUACUGAAAUAUUAAGUGAGAAAAUCGAUGCCAUUAUUUCAUUUUUUACCAUUUGGAAAAUGAAUUCUACAUUUUUGGUUACCAAAGAAUAGCUUUUUUUUUAGCAAUAUGCCUGUAAAAUUUCUUAAUUGUUUUUACUUGUAAAAAAUAUAUUUACAAACUGGUUUAUGUUUGCAUUUUCUCUCUUUUUUAACAAUUUGUAGCAUCAUUUGAUGUCUUGUGCAGUUUUAUAUUAUUUGUAUAUAUUAGAAAGUUCUAAAUCUUCACUUUCUACUGGUGUUUAACAUUUUGUACAUUUUUUUUAGAUAAAUAACGCAGUUAACUUGUUAGAUGCUGAUGGGACUGCAGCAAGGUAAUAAGGUGCAGUGUUGUAGACCAUCUCAGCAGUAAAAGAGUUAAUUUAUUUUAGUACUUCUGUGAAAUAUGGCUAUCUCAAAACCUUGGUAUAUGCAUUCAGGGGCCUUUGUUUAUUAGGACAAUGAAAAUGCUGUGACUAUGCUUCAAUAAAGCAAGGCUGACAGGG